AUGUUGAGAGUCUGUGUUGACAUGAUGACGAUCCACAACAACAGGAGGACACAUUCUAAUAUUCAUAUUUCUUUAUCCAGGUUGUGGAGCUGUAGACUGUCAGAGAUCAGCUGUUCUUCUCUGGCUUCAGCUCUGAGGUCAAACCCCUCUCAUCUGAGAGAACUGGAUCUGACUGACAACAAGCUGCAGGACUCAGGAGUGAAGGAGCUGUGUGGUUUUCUACAGAGUCCAACCUGUCGACUGGAGAAUCUGAGGUUGCGGAGCUGCAGACUGUCAGAGAUCAGCUGUUCUUCUCUGGCUUCAGCUCUGAGGUCAAACCCCUCUCAUCUGAGAGAACUGGAUCUGAGACACAACAACCUGCAGGACUCAGGAGUGAAGGAGCUGCUUGACGUAAAGCAGAGUUCAACCUGUCGACUGGAGACUGUGAGGUGGAGAUCUUAGUGGAGCAGACUGUGAAGAGGACAGUGUGUGUGGACGGAGGCUGAGCUGUGUCCUGAGGAUCCAGAGGCUGAAGCAGCAGCAGCUUGUGUGUAGAGCGGCUCUGACUGGGCCUUGUUGCUGGGAGGCAGGGGCGGCUCCUGGCAUAGGCGAAGUAGGCGGUCGCCUAAGGCGCAAAAUGCCGAAAGGGCGGCACAAGAGACUGAUUUAUCAUGACGUGACACAUGCAAUAUAAACCAAUACAUUCACAUCACAACCAUCAUCUUCUAAACCCGGGGACGCACCGGAGAUAGAAGCGCCACGAAAGCGGUCCGCCUCCUUUCCGCGCCCAUGUUAAAUAAUUGGGCUGUUCGCACCCGCAGCGUCGUGCCGGGAAGCGCCGCGGCCAGCUCGCGAUCUGCAGCGAGGGUUCCGGGGUCUGUUCUAUUUUUUUCGUUCGCUGCGAGCAAGUCGGGCCGGAAAACACACUGAAUAUUGAUAUAUUUUAAACGAUAUAAGUGAUAUAUUAUAUACAUGAUUAAAUAUACAUCCCAUACUUUUGAUUUCUCCGCUGUUCUCCUGGAGUUUCAUUUCCCUGAUUAUUGCCACCACAUGAUGAAAUUUCCCCAUCUUCAAUUAUGUACUUAAUCCACACAUUUGUCAGUUGCGUCUAAACAGAGAGAAACACACAAGCACAUACUCUCUGGAAGCGCAGCAAAGUAGGGGAGGAGAAGAAAGAAGAAUAAAGAGGUAGAAUCACCCCGAUUGUGGACAGCAUUAAUGUUUAUUUUUGUCGACAUGACAUGAUAUGCUGUCAGUUCAGCUGAUUUCAGACUUUUUAUAUUUUUAUUAUAUAUUUUAAUUAUGUUUUAUAGCUUACAAUUUUUUCUGCCUGUGUGUGCAUCUGUAUACAGUCCAAAAGUUCUUGGGGAUGCAUGACAAUUUGCGUGUGUAUGUUGGGGGGGCGCCAUUCUGAAAUCCCGCCUAGGGCGCCAACAUUGCCAGGCCCGGCCCUGGCUGGGAGGCAGAGUGGAGACAGAGCUCCAGAGGUAUCAGAGGAGCUGGUUGUAAAAUGUAACUUCACCACUAGAUGGCCCUCCACACCCGUUGUGUUUAUUCACAUGAAGAAUGUGUUUAUUGAAAUGACACAACACAAGCAGAAUAUAUAACCCCUCUAUAAAGAGUCACAUAUAUGUGUUUAAGUUUCCUUUAUUCUGUUCCACCUUUGUCCCUCAGUCUGUCUCCAUGUGUGUAGAACCACAUUCUGUUUGUUUAUGAUCUUAAAGUUCCUGGAUUCACGUCACAAAUUGAUUUAGUUCAACACAAAGUUCAACACAAUCUAAUCAAUUUGAGUUUAAAAUCAGAGUUUUGUCUUUGACACAAAAGAUCAAAACUCUGGACUUAAAAAUGGGACGUUUUCAUUUCUGCAUGAAAUGAAAACGUGGUGGUGGCUUUUCUACUUUUGACCCACAGGUGGCGCUGCAGUAUAACAGCAGCACAUCCCAGUCAAAGCCUUUAUAUUCAGUCUAUGAGUCAAACACAUGGAUCAUUUCCUCUGUGACAAACCAGAUGUAACGAGAAGAAAAACAUCUCAGAGAGAAAAGUUCUGUUUCUACUUGUCUCUGCUUUAAUGCUCAAUAAACAUCCUUCCACCGACUUCA